CUACGAUACAUCUAGUAGUAGAAAUGGUCAUGGUUAUGCCAUGGACGUCGCAUUAACAGACGAACUGUCGUGGGAUAGUGUGGGUAUUGAUUCCUGUGGUCAAACGGUACACCUCGACCUUUCAUCACCAUCUAUUGUCUUUAGAACACCGACUUAUCCAGUCGAGGUUAGGAAUGACCGGUACAUCUGCUACUGGUAUUUCACCUGCCCAUACGGAUACCGAAUCUCGCUGCUUUUCAACGAUUUCGACAUUUUCUCUGGCUCCCGCCUCAGAGUUUACGAUGCCUCUUCUGUUUCUUCAACCUAUCAGUUGGCCGAAAUAUCGUCGAGUUCCACACCAGGUUCUGGAGCCAUUCAGUCAUCCAGCAAUACCAUGACGCUUUACUACAAUGAUACUGACUGGAGUGACGUAACAAAGCAACGUGGAAUACUCGCUGAAGCCUCCAUUGUUUCGUCAGGAGAACCAACUUGGGAGCAGGUUGGACCGAUGUCUUCAUGUGGUAGCGCUGUAUCAUUGUCUGGCCAAGAUAGUCGUAUCACGCUCACAACCCCUGAUUACCCGGAUGUAAAUGGCGACUACUACAAGUGCACGUGGUUCGUAGAAUGUCCCAGCUACACAACAGUUCGAAUCGAUUUUAACGACUUCUGGCUUGAUUCUAACGGGUAUCUUCGCGUGUAUGAUGGCCCGAAUACUGGUUAUUCUGUGAUACAACAUUCAACUGGUAAUUUAAGCAUACCUGACAGUGUGAAUUCAAGCAGCAACGUCAUGACGGUCUACUACUACAACAAUCGCGGAACCUCAGGCAAAGGAGCUAGUUUCGCAAUAAGCUGUUUAUUUGAAGGUAGCUGAACGACCUUCUUAGUCACAUAACUAAAAUCAUAAAAAUAGAAAAUUAUGAGAAAAACAGUCCCGUCAAUGAAUAAAGAAUUUUAAAAGAAUGUCUAGAGGGGAUUCACGUAGGCCUACCUAUUAUCCGUGUAGGCCUGUUGUAAGAUUAAAAUAGGAUAUUUCAAGCGCUGUACGCAAAAAAAAGAAUGGAAACCGCGGCCAUGAACAGCCUUUAUUCGGCUUUAUAGUUUAUCCGUGCUGCCUAAAUUACAGAAAGAAAAAAAUGAAAUAUAAGUAAUAUCGUAGAUAUUUCAGACCUCAGUUAAAUUAUGAAAUAAGUUAUUAAA